AUGAAAAUGUCGGUGUGCGUCCACGAGAAUCGGAAAUCCCGAGCCAGCACCGGCUCCAUGAACAUCUACCUGUUCCACAAGUCGUCGUACGCCGACAGCGUACUCAUGCACCUGAACUCCUUGCGGCAGCAGCGUUUGUUCACCGACGUGCUCCUCCACGCCGGCAGCCGCUCCUUCCCCUGCCACCGCGCCGUGUUGGCCGCCUGCAGCCGUUACUUUGAAGCCAUGUUCAGUGGCGGGCUGCGUGAGAGCCAGGCCAGCGAGGUGGACUUCCAUGACUCGGUCCACCCGGAGGUGCUGGAGUUGCUGCUGGACUAUGCGUACACGUCACGGGUGGUCAUCAACGAGGAGAAUGCCGAAUCGCUGCUGGAGGCUGGAGACAUGCUGGAAUUCCAGGACAUCCGCGAUGCCUGCGCAGAAUUUCUGGAGCGGAACCUUCAUCCGUCCAACUGCCUCGGCAUGCUGCUGCUCUCCGACGCCCACCAGUGCACCAAGCUCUCGGAGCUCUCCUGGAGCAUGUGUCUGAGCAACUUCCCCGCCAUUUGCAAGACAGAGGACUUCCUCCAGCUGCCAAAAGACAUGGUGGUGCAGCUUUUGUCCCACGAAGAGCUAGAGACCGAAGACGAGCGACUAGUAUAUGAGGCCGCCCUGAACUGGAUCAACUACGACCUGGAGAGGCGACACUGCGACCUCCCCGAGCUCCUCGGGACAGUUCGCCUGGCUUUACUGCCCGCCAUCUUCCUGAUGGAGAACGUCUCCACAGAGGAACUGAUUAAUGCCCAGGCCGAUAGCAAAGAGCUCGUUGAUGAAGCAAUCCGUUGUAAACUAAGGAUCCUGCAGAAUGAUGGCGUGGUCAACAGCCAGUGCGCCCGGCCCCGCAAGACAAGCCACGCCCUCUUCCUCCUCGGGGGCCAGACCUUCAUGUGUGACAAAUUGUACCUAGUAGAUCAGAAGGCCAAAGAGAUCAUUCCCAAAGCAGACAUUCCCAGUCCAAGGAAGGAAUUUAGCGCCUGCGCCAUCGCCUGUAAGGUGUACAUAACAGGCGGUCGCGGUUCCGAGAACGGCGUUUCCAAAGACGUGUGGGUCUACGACACAGUCCACGAGGAAUGGUCCAAAGCGGCGCCUAUGCUCAUCGCAAGGUUUGGCCACGGCUCGGCCGAACUCAAGCACUGCCUGUAUGUGGUCGGCGGUCACACGGCAGCUACCGGGUGCCUCCCUGCCUCGCCAUCCGUGUCGCUUAAGCAAGUGGAGCAGUUCGACCCGGCGGCCAACAAGUGGACCAUGGUGGCGCCCCUGAGGGAGGGCGUGAGCAACGCGGCGGUGGUCAGCGUCAAGCUCAAGCUCUUCGCCUUCGGGGGAACCAGCGUCACCCAUGACAAGCUGCCCAAGGUGCAGUGCUAUGAUCCCCAGGAGAACCGCUGGACUGUGCCGGCAUCAUGCCCGCAGCCGUGGCGCUACACCGCCGCCGCCGUACUGGGAAACCAAAUCUUCGUCAUGGGCGGAGACACAGAGUUCUCGGCGUGCUCGGCGUACAAGUUCAGCAGUGAGAGCUACCAAUGGACCAAAGUAGGAGAUGUCACGGCCAAGCGCAUGAGCUGCCAGGCGGUGGCGUCUGGUAACAAACUCUACGUGGUGGGGGGCUACUUUGGCACUCAGCGCUGCAAAACCUUGGACUGCUACGACCCCACGUCGGACGCAUGGAACAGCAUCACCACGGUGCCGUACUCCCUCAUUCCCACCGCCUUUGUCAGCACCUGGAAGCAUCUGCCUGCCUGA